AUGCCAACGUCAACAGUCGUAUAUAACUUAACUCGACAUAAUUUCGAGAGUUCAUGGGCAAAAUUCGGUUUUUCAGUGGACCAGAAUUUUUUUGAUACCGAUGGCGCUAACGCAUCAUUACGUCAGAUUUCUGACGAUGCGUUCUACGUCGUCAAUGAAGUGGUCAUGAAGCGUCUCGGCCAUCUGCCGAUACAUAAGUUUCUACAACGCUUUGUUGCCGAGAAGGCCGAGUUGAUGCGACCACGCGGAAUAUAUAUCUGCGACGGUAGUCAACAUGAAGCUGACGAGAUUAUCGACAAACUGAUUGAACGUGGCAUGCUGUCACCGUUGAAGGCGUACGAGAACAACUACAUUUGUCGUACAGAUCCAAAAGACGUGGCUCGUGUUGAGUCGAAAACAUGGAUGGUGACACCUGACAAGUAUCAGACAGUAACCCACACACCUCCGGGAGUGGAACCGAUUAUGGGUCAUUGGAUGUCACCUGGAGAUCUCGGCGUCGAACUUGAUAGCCGAUUUCCUGGUUGCAUGGCUGGUCGUAUCAUGUACGUCAUUCCAUUCUCAAUGGGACCUAUCGGUGGGCCGCUGUCUAAAAUUGGAGUCCAGUUGACCGACUCGAACUACGUGGUGCUGUCGAUGCGCAUCAUGACUCGCGUCUCCCACGAAGUCUGGGAUGCGUUGGGCGACAAUGACUUCGUUAGAUGUAUUCACUCUGUUGGACUCCCAAGACCGGUUAAACAGCGCGUCGUAAAUCAUUGGCCAUGUAAUCCAGAGCGUGUACUGAUCGCCCAUCGACCAGCCGAAAGGGAAAUUUGGUCAUUCGGGUCCGGUUAUGGCGGAAACUCAUUGCUUGGCAAGAAAUGCUUCGCUCUUCGCAUCGCCUCGAAUAUCGCCAAAGAUGAAGGCUGGAUGGCCGAGCAUAUGCUGAUUAUGGGUGUGACCAGACCUAAUGGGAAGGAGCAUUUCAUAGCGGCCGCUUUUCCGUCAGCAUGUGGAAAGACGAACUUGGCCAUGAUGGAGCCGAGUGUACCUGGUUGGAAGGUUCGAUGUGUCGGUGACGACAUUGCAUGGAUGAAAUUUGGUGAUGACGGUCGCUUGUACGGUAUCAACCCUGAGGCAGGCUUUUUCGGAGUUGCACCAGGCACUUCGAAUAAAACAAAUCCGAUGGCUGUCGCUACCUUUCAGAAGAAUUCGAUAUUCACUAACGUCGGUGAAACGGUGAAUGGUGAAUAUUUCUGGGAAGGACUUGAAGAUGAGAUCAAGGACAAGAAUGUGGAAAUGAUCAAUUGGCUAGGCGAGAAGUGGAAAAUCGGCGAUCCUGGACCAUGUGCUCAUCCGAACUCGCGAUUUGCGGCACCUGCAUCUCAGUGUCCUAUAAUCCAUCCAGAUUGGGAAAGUCCUAAGGGAGUCCCGAUUGAUGCAAUUAUAUUCGGAGGCCGUCGACCAGUCGGCGUUCCACUGGUUUUCGAGACGAGGUCAUGGCUUCAUGGUGUUUUCACAGGAGCAUGUCUCAAAUCAGAAACCACAGCCGCUGCUGAAUAUAAAGGUAAGACUGUGAUGCACGAUCCGAUGGCAAUGCGUCCAUUUAUGGGUUACAACUUCGGCAAGUAUUUGCAACAUUGGAUUGAUCUCAACAAGGGCGGAAGGAAGGUGCCACGCAUUUACCACGUGAACUGGUUCCGUCGUGAUGCCAACAACAAGUUCCUCUGGCCUGGUUACGGUGAAAAUAUCCGUGUAAUUGACUGGAUUAUUCGUCGCCUUGACGGUGAGCCCAACCUUGGCAUAGAAACACCCAUUGGGAUCGUACCGAAGAAGGGCUCUAUCAACCAUGAUGGUUUGGAGAAUAUCAACUGGGACGAAUUAAUGUCGGUACCAAAGGAUUACUGGGCUGAAGAUGCAAAAGAAAUUAGGAAAUUCCUAGAGGAGCAGGUCGGCCCAGAUCUUCCUGCAGAGAUUCGUGCUGAGAUGGAUGCUCAAGAAGAGCGUAUCAACAAAGCCGCAUAA